UUCGUGCGCGCUCCCGCCCGCCCUCCCUCCGGGGCUGAGGCGGUUCCGGGGCCCGCCCGACAUCCCUCCAUCGCAGACGGAGGAGGCGGAACGGCAGCCGGGGAUGUUCGCACCCGGGGACGGAGGAGCGGCGGCGGCCAAGGGCAUCCGCACAGAGGAGGGAAUGGCGGCAGCGCGGACCUAAAGAUGGAAAGAUCAGGGAGAGGAGGUGGAGGAGGCAGGAAUGCAGGAGGGGGCUCCAGUGUCAGCAGAAGCAGCCUCUACACCCAGGCCCAGCAGUCCACAUGUCCACACUACCCCCCACCUGCCGGUACUCCUGUCUGCCAGACUGGGGCCACCGUGGAGAUCCAGGAGCUGGCCUCAAAGCGGGUGGACAUCCAGAAGAAGAGAUUCUACCUCGAUGUCAAGCAGAGUCCCCGUGGCAGGUUCCUGAAGAUCGCAGAGGUCUGGAUAGGGAGGGGCCGGCAGGACAACAUCCGCAAAAGCAAACUGACCCUCUCGCUGUCUGUGGCGGCAGAGCUGAAGGAGUGCCUGGGGGACUUCAUCGAGCACUACGCCCACCUGGGCCUGAAAGCUCACCGACCGGAGCACGGCCAUGACCGAGACCACGAUGGCCGGAGGCGCCCGCAGUCCUCUGCCCCGUCCCCUCCGGCCUCUGUGGUGUCGGAGGAGCACCCUCACAGCGUGCUCAAGACCGACUACAUCGAAAGAGACAAUAGGAAGUACUUUCUGGACCUGAAGGAAAAUCAGCGGGGCCGUUUCCUCAGGAUCAGGCAGACCCUGACCCGUGGCCCCGGAGGGAUGGGUUACUUUGGGCACACGUUGGGCCAAGAACAAACGAUUGUCCUCCCAGCCCAGGGAAUGAUUGAGUUCAGGGAUGCCUUGGUCCAGCUCAUCGAAGACUAUGGUGACAGUGACCUGGAGGAACCGCAGAGAGGAGGGGAAGAGGAGCCGCCAGAACUCCCGGAAGGCACGUCUUUCAGGGUGGACAACAAGAGGUUCUACUUCGAUGUGGGCUCCAACCGCUACGGCGUUUUCCUGAAGGUAAGUGAGGUGAGACCCCCUUACCGGAACACCGUUACUGUUCCGUACAAAGCGUGGACACGGUUUGGGGAGAAUUUUAUCAAGUACGAAGAGGAGAUGAGGAGAAUUUGCAGCAGCCAUAAAGAGCAGAGAAUGGAUGUCAGAAGGGACAGUGGCGAAGAGCAAGAAGGCCUCGACUAGAGGACCAGUGAACUGUCUGUCUGUCCUCCGUCUGUCGUGAUUUGGAGAAGUGUUCCUUCCACUGGGGUCCCUCCUUGCCCAUUACACCUCCUGUCCUUCCACUUUCAGGAAUCUGGUUGUCCUAGUAACACUACGUAGAACCCAGUAGAAGCCUCCCAGGGAGGUCGUAGGAGAAUUCCAGCCUUCCCAAAGCUGCAUCCUUGGCAGCUCUGAGCGCUCAAGACUCUUGAUGCAGGCAGGUCAGCACAGUGGGGACAUUCUGACCUGUAGAUUAGAAAGGCUCGUGUUGAUUGCACUAUUACCCAAACCCUGAGCCUGCAGUGGAAGGCUGGGCUUUCUACCUGACAGGCUUCCCAAAAGGAGAAUUUAGAAAAAAGCUGCUAGGUUAAAUUGUAGAGAACUUGCCACCAGAACAAAACUGGACUAUCCGUAGUCUGCAUUGAUGCUUACAAGCAAAUGUAGAGAUCCUGAAAUGUUUCAUUGGCCACUGAGUCUGAAAUGGUCAUACUGCACAAGGGUAGAAAUCUUGUGAAUCCCGCCCAACUCUUCAGGAUGCUUGUUAGCAUACCAUAAUUAGAUGAGUUAGAAGGCCAGAGUAUUCUGUGAUUGCGUCAUUCUGGGUUCACUGUGCACUUGACACGCAUCACCACAAAGCCACGGGGGAGAGGGAAGGUGUGGUCCCAAGUUGGUGGAGAUCGAUGUCCUAGAAGUGUGCCCUUCUACGGGGACUGUGGAAGAUGAGAGGAAUAUUUUUAAUGGUUUUCCAAAUUUCAGAAACUAUUCUUAUAUCCCUGUUGGGGCUAGGGUGAUACUCCACCUCGUGGCUUUGUGGUGGGAAUGUAUGCACCGAGCAUUUUCUGCUGACCCCCUGGGAGGUAAGGCUUUUCUUCUCAGAUGGUAACUCACUGAUGGUUUCAGGGUGGCCAAUGAAAGUAUCAUUUGUAGGCUUCUGCUUGGAAAGAUUAGUUAAGGGCUGGGCGAACCACUUAGCAGAUAGAUACAGAAAUCCAUCUGUGAUAACGGACUCCAGUAGCACCUUAGUGAUUCAGCUGAUGAGGCUGUCUCAGCGCUUCCAUUAGAAACGUGUCAUGUACAGGCUGGCUGCUUCCAGAAAAAGGGUUUCCCCAGACUGUGCCAUGGUGGGAGAAUUACAUAAUUAUUUAAAGCUUGGUUGUAGGCGCACUGCAAAGCAAAAAAUAAGGUGCUUUUUGUAACCCUUUAAAAGGUUUUCUUUAUGGAAGACCUACCCUUUCAUCUAUUUUUAAUAUUAAUUUCGAGAAAGCCCCAGCAAUUUUUCAUCACCUAAUUGUUUUUUUCCAACAUGUGAGCACAUGGUACCUGUGUGCUUCAACAGCUUUCUUUUAAUCAAAUGAAAUUUCAUCUCUCCAGCUGCAUUUUCUUGCGAAUGAAACGAUUGGCCUUCAUCUUGGCUUCAUUCUGCUCCCACGUCAUCUGUCUAAAAGCCAAACACUGAUUUCAGUCCCCAGAAUCAGCUCUCCCUGAUCUCUGCGAGAGCCGGUUACUAGGAUUGAAGACAGGACGUGGCCUUUAGCGUACGUGGUUUUUAAAACUCUAAAAUAUGUUAACAAAAAAAGUUUUGCACUAAAGUUGCCCCAGAAUGCCCUUCAGUGUGAUCAGAAAUUAUCACGGUUCUGAUGGAAGCAAGAGAAUCGGGAGGGCAACGGCUCUUUUCCGUGACCCGGCCGCUCUUCGGGGCGCUGGGACUCGGGGACAAUACAGUCUAUGGCAAAGGGACCUUCGUGAGCUCACUGCAUGUCACGGGACCGUCGGAAUCUCUUUGAAGCUGCUGACGAUUAGAAGGGCGCCAAUACGCACAGUGGCGGUCGAGGCGCCACAAGGAGUGAGGCUGUUUUCAAGAAGCCGCAAAUGUGAGUAGAAAGAUCACGUGGCUUUGCUUGAAGUCCAACACCGUGUGCUUGGACCCCUGGCUGCGCGAGGCGCCAGGCCGCUGGGAUGACUGCCUUGUCAGAUUGCAGCCCCCACCGGUGGAGGCCCGGCCCAGCCCAGCCCGGCGGGCAGUCCCACCUAAUGCUGUCUGUCUCAGCGUUCCAGUCUAACGCAUGUGGCAUCAGUUGAUAGUCAGGACUUCCCUGAGACAGAGGCAGUCUCUGGGCACCAAUGCAAAUGCCGUAUUCCGUGUUUGGGCUGGCGUCAUUGUGCACCAGGUUUUCAUUAGGAUAAUUCUAUAACGGAUUAGUUGAGCAAAUAACAUUCCAACAUGGAUGCAUCCUAUACGAGGAGAAAAGACAUCUGAGAGCUUGCAGUGGGACUGAUGAGUUUCAACUGUCCUGGUCUAGUUAUAGGCAACCUGCUGAAUAGUCUGUAAACUAAAUAAUGUAUGUAACUAUUUAAUCCCUUUAUUUCUUUUUUCCCGUAAUUCGUAUUUCUUUGAAAAAUGAAGGGAAAUGGUCUUUUUAUAAGAAACAUACCCAGGAAGUUAUUAGCCAUAGGCUGACAAAAUCCAACUCAGAAUUCCGAUGCCAAGGCACCUACCUAUUGCCAGAUAUCUCCUAAAGUGGGCUAUUACAUUGGCAUGUGCAAUACACAUUUUAUUUGUUGUCAUUUAUCAUUUUGACGUGGCGUUGUACAGAAGAAGGGGAACCCCUGCCUUGAAGACACUCGGCUCUAAAGGUGCCUGGGUUUCCGAGGGCACAGAUGCACAUUUCUGUUUGCAGCCUGCUGCAUUUACUCUUUUUCAAAACCAAAACCACUUGCUCUCUGUGCAGUCUGAAAGCACUUGAUAUUUGCACAUUGGAAUCCAAGGAGAAAAAGUCCAAAUGUAAGAGCAGGACCUUAUAGGGUUAGAUUUGAAAACGGUUCCUCCACCCCUACGGCAUGGCAGCAGUGGCAGAGGCAGGAGCAUUGCCUAUCCUGGGCGCCUCAACUUCAGCUGUGUUUGCAGAUCGUUUUCAUUGUUUAAACCCCAAUAAUGUCCAUGUCCCUUAAACUUGAGUAAAACAAGCAUAUUUGCACUAAAGAACGUGGCCAAAAAAACGAAAUCCAAGCUAGGACAGGGUGGACACAAGUAGUUGGAACCUCUUGAAAUAAUUGGUUCUUUGGGAAAAUUUCACAUUCAAGCCCCACCUCUAUUUUAAACCUGUGUGGUCCAGGCAGAAGUGUCUGCCCUUUCACUGAUUUAGCAAUUUAAUAAUGAUGAUGCACUUUAUCUUUUGUAUAUAACGUGUACAUUGAUGCUGCCUGAUGGAUGGAAUGUGCUUUGGUAGGUAUCUAGGCGGUAUCUGUGCUGAGUGUCCUCCUGCAUGUCGAUGUUUCCUUAGCGCUGUUGUAACCGCUUGAGCCCCAUGAAUUGGUGUCCUAGAGGUCAGAAACAAAGGAAGUGACAGACAAAUCUCAAAACUAUUUAUACUGAAUUUUAAAGUAGGCAUAAUAUCUGUAUUCCCAAAGGCUCAGAACCAAUAAAACCGGACUCUUACUUGG